AUAAAUUACGUUGCUAGAAUACAAAAUUAGACACCUUACUGCGUUCUGCGCGCUUCGGCAACUCGGGCAGCAAGUCCUCUUGAACUGACUCCCUUGCGAGCUUGUACAUACAUCUUACAACGGCUUCUAGACAUACUUUGCAUCUGAUAAGUGAGCAAUAGCAUCAGAGGAGGCGCCGACAGCCUCGGCAUUCACACACUCCCGCUUGCUGAAUCUGCUAGGAGGAGGAGGAGUUUGGCAAACAAGCUGUUAACGGAGCAGCGGGUGGUAUGAGCGCGGCCACGGAGGAGUGCGGGGUUUGCGUGGGCGACCGGCUGGGUACCACGGAUACAUACGCUGCUGGAGAAGGAGUGUUCGUGAGGGAUGGAUUCGUUAUUGCCUCAGUUGUGGGCUUCCAACGCCUUGAGCCAUCGGCUGACCCUGGCGAGAAGCCCACUAUCCACGUGGCGUCAGGGGACACACGCCCGCUGGUGCCUAAGCCGGGCGACAUCGUGACGGUGAAGAUUAGCCGUGUGGCCCAGACGGCGGCGCAUGCACUCAUAAUGUGUGUGGGGCGACAAGCGCUCGGCACUGAAUUCAAAGGUGUCAUUAGGCAGCAGGACGUGCGGUCCACUGAGAUUGACCGGGUGGUGAUUUACGACUGCUUCCGGCCGGGCGACAUUGUGCGAGCGGAGGUCGUGAGUCUGGGGGACGCGCGCUCCUACUACCUGAGCACAGCCAAGAACGAGUUGGGCGUUGUCUACGCAAGAAGCGCAACCGCAGGCACCGCCAUGGUGCCCACCAGCUGGGUCACCAUGCAGUGCCCCGAGACACAGGCGGUGGAGAAGCGCAAGGUGGCCAAGCUGGAGUCCCUGGUGGCGGCGUGAGGAGGGCGGGGUGGAACGUGUCUGGCGACGAGCUAGCGCUGGACGGAAUUCGCAUGAUGCGGAAUGCCGACAAAUUCCAACGGCGGAGCAGCGUCUUAUGCACGGCAUGCACGUGCCACAAAAAAUAGUAUAAUGUAGGUUCUGGGACAGCUCCGACUAACCCCCAACUGACUCGUGUACGGCACCCCAACCCCCCUCAGCCGUACACGAGUUAGCGUGGCAGUCGGCAGCUGCGCGAGUGUGAGCAGGUAGUUGUGCGGUUGCCCGGCUCGGAGCUACCUGAUGCAGUGACGCCCACAGGCAGUUGGCGCGUGUCGACAGGCGCGCGAGUGGGAGCUGGCAGUUGAGCGCGCACGCGUGUGGGAAGCUGCGGCUGAGCACGGUGGAGCACGGAGGAGGCUGGCGGUUGGCGCGCCGCGCGAGUGGGAGACUGGGAGUGCAUAGUCGUGCGCGCGCCGUUUGGGAAGCUGCAUGUGUGAGCUGCGUGUAAACGCAGAGAGACGCGGUUUCCAUGACCCGGUUUCCAUAAGCUGCCUCUGGGCGCACACGGUUUCAGACGCUUGACAGUUGGGCCCGAGCACGGAUGGGACUCGCUGGAGUGCAUGACAGGCGCUGGGGGGCAGGCGCGGGCGGGGCGCAGGGGCGGCUCGCGUGAACCUCAUGCGGAAUUCGCCCAAAACUGGAGUGAAACGAGAAGUGGCCAUUCUUGCGGGCCCCCUCCAACCUUGCUAGCGUAUAAUUAGCCGCAAACAUUAUCGUAAUUAUUGUGACA